AUGACCCCUGAUCCAGACAUGGAUCAGGAAUUUGUGGAUUUGCUAAGUCCUUCUGAUCCUAACUUGGAUCAAGAAUUCGUGACUCUUGUGACUCCACAACAUAUAAUUCAAGAUAUUGAGAUGACGGAAAAUGAAGAACUGGACCAAGAAGCCGUACGUUUAGCAGAAAAAGGAUUUUUGCUAAAUGAGCUCGAUGAAACGAAAAAACAAAUAUUGGAAAAGAUAGAAGUUUACAAUAAAAUACUUAUUUGUAAUAAGUUGAUAGACAUUAUCAAAAAAAGAAAACAGCUCAUCAAGGAAGACUUCGAAAAAUCAACUGAACAAAAAAAAAGAAUGAAUUUUAUAUAG